GCCUUUUAGACGUUUCCUUUCCGUACGUGCUUUCAGACUCUCAGCGUAGAAGCAAUGAUCGCAAAGACGUGCAUCGUAGUCGUUCUGGCUGCUGCCGCCAGUGCUGGUGGGCUGGGUUACGGCGGGCACGGUGGCCACAGCGUGCAGCACAGAAAACAAGACGACCAUGGCAACUUUAACUUCGGCUACAACAUCGUAAACGGCUACGGUGCCACCAACGGACGCCACGAGUCCGGCUCGGCGUACGGCGGAGUGCGGGGCGCCUACUACCUGGCCGACGUGGACGGACGCAGCCGGCGCGUCGAGUACGUGGCAGACAAGCUUGGCUUCCGAGCCGUCAUCAAGACCAACGAGCCCGGCACCAAGAGCAGCCUGCCCGCGGCAGCGCCGUACAUCUCGGCCCACGGCAAGGCUGUCGGAGCCUUCGGACACGGUGGUGGCUACGGCCACGGCGGCUAUGGCGGACACGGCUUCUACGGCUAACCGCUCGGUCUACCAGGAUUGCUUUUUGUGAAAAUAUGAGCGCAGGUGACUGGCAAGGGGGCUUCAGGACAGCUCUGCUUCCUCGUCUUACUCGUCCUCUGCAUUGCCUACCCAGGCUGCUCUCCGUCGCCCAAGUGUGCCAUCUGUCUUCGUGCUGUGUCGUCAGC